AUGAAGCCUUCUAGUCUAACACGGAGCAUCAUCCGUGCAAUUGUGAACGACCGACCAUAUACCAUUAGAGGAUGCGAGUUACACAGACCACGUGUUCAGAGGUGCCGAUCCGUCCAGCCUCGUCAUGAGUACACUCAGAAACGUAAUUUCUUUGGUCUUGGUGGCGCCAUACAAACCUCACAGUCCAUCUUUCAAAACGCGAAGCCAGCCUCUCCGAACUUAGAGCGUGCCCUGGGAAAGCUCUCCGACCUAGUCAAAGCAAGAAGAAGCAAUUCAAGAUUUCCUCCUGAAAGCGAAAUCGUCGAUGCCUUUCGAAUGGUCUUCGCCUCUCGCCUCAAAUCACCGAGACAUCUGACUAGAAAUGAAGUCAACCUGGCCACCGAGGCAUUUAUACAUUUGCAAGAACGCAGUCAUCUGUUGACAGGUGAUGGGAGGACGGCAUUGCUCGAAGACGACCUGAAUAAUGUGUUAUUGGCACUGGCAUCCUCCACUGGGAGAGACCGCUAUCGAAGCGACGCAAGAAUUCUUGCCACCUAUAUAUUUGAAGCUCUACGGGAUCCUUCUACGUCUCGAGAAGAGUAUCUCUCCAAGCUCGGCAAAGAGCAAGUAAGUGGAUCUCUACUCGCGACAUACAUUACGGUUCUGUCCGCAACAGGGUCUGCACACGAUGCUCUAGAUCUGUUACGCAGAUCAUGGGGUGCUACAGAAAGGACAAGCCUACCUGUAUGGACAACUAUCUUGAGAGGCCUUGCCAGUGAAGGUCAUACUCAGGAGUUCUGGGAUGUUCUCAGGGAAGUUCAAGAUGAAAUGGGCUUACUUGAUGCUCCCUCACAGGAGAUGCUCAUUACCUUCUUUGCUGAACAUGGCGAGAUUACCAUGUUGAAGAAGGUAUUUGAAUUGUCUCUAGAAGAUGGCCAGGUUCCCACAACGCCAUCUCUCGUCAAAACACUAGACUCUUCCAUUCGACAGGGAGAGCUUGAAUGGGCGGCUCCGAUAGCCAAGGCAUUACAUGAACGAACUGAUUCCGGUGACUUGGCAGGAACACUUUUGUUAUGGUACACCCUUCACGAAGAUAAUGUGGACCACAUUCGAAGGAGAAUUGAAGAAAUGGCAGACUCGGGUGUGACGAAUGCCAUAACCAUGAAAACCUUAAACCGCAUUAUAGAAUACGCAUACCAGCAGCACAACCCGGAGAAAGCUUCAGAGUACGUCCAACUAUGUUCAAAACUGGGUCUCCAUCCAGAUGCCAGGACCAGAUAUCUCCAAUUGGAUUACGCAGUCAAACAAGGCAACCGUGACGCAGCCAUGGAGGCGUUUGAGCAACUUUCAGGAGAAGAGAUCCCGGUAGAUAGGUUGGAUGUACCGGUUGUCAAUCGCUAUAUUGCCUCACUCGCUUUCUCAGCCGACCACGAAUAUGAGCAUCUGAUGCAAGUCGUAGACCACCUCCUGGAAAGCAAAGGCGACCUGGAUGCCGAGGCUAUUGCAGGCUUGUCGCAAGUGUUUCUCGAAAAAGAUGAGAUCGACGAAGCAACUGGUCUCCUUCGCUACCGAGUCGACUCUCUCCCACUGGACGACCGCGCACGCAUCGCCGCGGUAUUCCUUAAAUUCAUCCCGGAUCUGAACAUUAAAGCGCAACGAGCAUAUAACGCCUAUGAACUCUUCCGCCACGCAUUCCCUGAAACACCCGUGCUCGACCGACUGCCCAUGAUGCAGAGCUUCUUCGACCGAAACCGUCCCGACCUCGCCUGCCUAGUCUUCGGCCACAUGCGCCAGCGGGAAAAUAAAGAAACCCGCCCAACAGCAGAAGCCUACGCGCAAUGUUUCGCCGGCAUCGCGAAAUGCAAAGACAUCGACGGUCUACAAAUGAUUUACAACAUGCUGAAGCUCGACCUAGAAGUGGACCAAACGACCCGAGUCCACAACGCCCUCCUCGCCGCGUACACAGAAUGCCAACAGCCCUUCGUCGGUAUCAUUGACCACUUCUGGAAAGUGAUGGAAUCGCGCGAAGGGCCAACCAUCAGCACCUUCCAACUCGCCCUGCGCGCGUGCGAGAAGUGGAUUCCCCAGGGGAGCCACGAAGCCCGACACAUCAUGGCAUUGAUGCAAUCCUUCAACCUGCGCAUCACCAAGGAGAUCUACGACCUGUACAUCGGUGCGCUCGCGGGGCAAUCCGAGUUCGAAAACGUCGUCGAACUCAUCGACGCCAUGGUAUCUGACAUCGGUGAGCAUCCCGACGCCUUCACGAUCGGGACCUUCUACAACGCCAUCCCCUGGCAGUUCCGCAAGGACGAGGUCGAGGCGUGGGCGAAGCAGGCGUAUCCCGAGGAAUGGGCCGAGCUAGAGUCAUACGGCGACGAGAUCGAUGAAGAGUGGGAGAUCCGGUAUUUCAAGAUCGAUCGUAAUCAGUUCAUCGACAUGCAUGAUGAGCUGCUGUUCGGGAGUGGCGAGUAUGAGCCCAGGUUGGCGAGGGAGAAGCAUCAGAGUCUGGAGAUGCCGAAGCUGUAG